GUAGGCUGAGCCAGUUGCUAGAGAGUUCAAGCUCAGCGAGCUUCGCUCCAAGAGUUUAUACCAAACCCCCUACUAACUGGACGCAUUCUUGCGAUUAUAAACCGAGGCCCCUGCAUUUCCCCCAUAGUGCCUAGUCGUAUUCUACAUCUCAAGGAAAUCAGCCUAUUCUCUCGCAAUGUCAUCAUCUGCUUUCCGAGGACGUGCUAGAACCUAUGGAAAUCGGUUUCAGAGGAAUAGUACAUCAUGGAUACAAAAGCGAAACAUACAGCAGACCCCUCCUCCUCCACUGGGCGAGAUCAUUGCAACUAUCUAUCAAAGUGACCUUCAAGCGGAAAAGGGUGAUACCACUGCUAAGAUCACUAACAGCCAAUACUUGACAUCUUACAACUGGCUCACUGGAAGAGAACCUCGCAUUAUCAUCCCAGGCGAGCCACCGGCAUGGACUCCCCUCUCAACCCCAACGAAGCUCAAGGAAGACUCAGGAGUAUACUAUCGAGAUCAGAAUGCCGCUCGCUACGCAAGCUAUCCCAUGGAACCAAUGGUUCAAGCGAUUCUCGCAAGCAAGCCUGACUUCUCUCUUCAGAGUGUGGAUAUUGUUGCAUGUGGAAAUACACUGGGAAAUUUGUUGCGUUUUAUACGUGGUGAAGAUAAACCAUUUCGAAUACUCGUUGAAGUUGUUGGGACAACUGUCUUCUUCAUGAGGAGAGAGAAUACCCCUGAUGAGGUGAUACCAGAUGUAUAUGGAUACGGUCACACUUUUCCGGAAGCGUAUACUACCUGGUGCACAAGAGUGAAAGGAUCCGAGUCCCACCAAAGAGUGAUGAAGUAUGAUUUUGCUGGUAUGAGUUGCUUAGUCCGCUUUGAGGCAGACGGUUAUCUCCCUCCAGCAACAGAGAACAAUAGCAGUCGCAGCUCCGGAGAAGACCCAACAGAGGCAGAAGAUAACCUUCUAUCAUCCAUCGAAAGAGCUACAAUUUCGAAUGUGCCCUCCAGCGGUGGUUCAAAAACAGAUCCAAAAAGCCUCAGCAUAUCAGCAGGAGGUGAACGCAUCUCACAAUCGGCCAUUUUUGACCUGAAGACCCGCUCCAUUAGAAAGAAGGACGAGGACACUCUCGACAAAGAAUUACCCCGACUGUGGAUUUCCCAGAUUCCUAAUUUCAUUCUUGCCCAUCACAAAGCCGGAGUGUUUAACGACAUACAGGUUCUCGAUGUCUGGGAGCGGGUCACGCAAUGGGAGCAAGACCAGCAAGCUACUCUGGCUAAAUUUGCCGAGCUGCUGAACAAAAUAGUGUCUUUUGCGCGCAGCUCGGAGUCUGGGCGAUUUGAAAUUAUCCACGAAGACAGUGCGGCUGUCUUGGAACUGAGAGCACAGUGUGCAGACGCUGGCAGGGUUCUGCCUGUAUCUGUGGCCAAGGAAUGGAGUGAUGAAGUCUUAGAGUCCGACAGAGAUUCGUCCGAUGGUAGCUUUUGAGAUGAUUAUCAUAUACUUUUUGUUAGCUGGGAUUAGGUUCAGGAAGAUAUUUUGACCUUACAUUAGCUCUGCCGAAUUGGGGCAUCAAGUACUCUCGUGACGUUUCGUGCAAAUAACAAAUAUCAAGGGGUUUCCAUAAAUUUUCGACCUGUUAUUUA